GAGAGACGGGAGCAGCCUCACCUCCGCCUCCUUCCUCCUCCUUCCUCCUCCUUCCUCCUCCUCCUUCAGGACGGGAUUCAAACGUCCCCACAGCAGCAGCAGUAAAAACACAUCACCUGCAGGAGGGAAAACCUAGAACCGGGUCUUUACGCUGGAUUUGGAGACGCUCCUGCUUCACGUUCCGUGCGUAACUCAGCACAGGAGGAAACCCAAGCUGUCUGUGCGUGUAUUAUUGUUAAGGAGGAGGAGGGGAAGGGGUGAGGGGGGGUGCGCCCAAAUCUGCCCCUCUUGAGGACGGGACCUUUGGAUGUCUGACAACAACAAUGGACUGCGUCUCCACCGGGAACUUGGGGCCGUUCCGUCCGGACUCAGUGGAUUACUGUAGCGCGUCCAAAGCCGUCCGUGCGCGUGUUUGUUAAACACUGUGUUUUUUCCGCGUCGGGGCUUUUGUAGUGGGAGCCCACGAUGCCCGCGAGGAACAGGUACAACCUGGUGGACGACGUGGGGGACUCCAGGAUUCCGCUGCACAAUGAGGAGGCUUACCAACACGGGAUCUGUUUCCAAGCCAAGUACGUUGGGAGUCUUGACGUGCCUCGGCCAAACAGUCGGAUGGAGAUCGUGGCAGCAAUGAGGAGGAUCAGGUAUGAAUUCAAGGCGAAAAAUAUCAAGAAAAAGAAGGUCAGCAUUGUGGUGUCUGUGGACGGAGUCAAAGUGAUGCUGAGGAAGAAACAGAAGAGAAAAGAAUGGACGUGGGAUGAGAGCAAGAUGCUGAUUAUGCAUGAUCCGAUCUACAGGAUCUUCUAUGUGUCUCAUGAUUCCCAGGACCUAAAAAUUUUCAGCUACAUCGCAAGAGAUGGCUCCAAUAACUCCUUCAGAUGUAACGUCUUCAAAUCCAAAAAGAAGACACAGGCCAUGCGUAUUGUUCGAACCGUAGGUCAGGCCUUCGAGGUGUGCCACAAGCUCAGUCUGCAGCACGCCGAGCAGGACGCCGACGGACAGGCGGACGGAGAGAGUGACAAGUCCACAGAGGAGCCCAGCAGCCACGGUCGUCAGCUGACAGGAGCAGAGCGAGGGGAGGACGAGGAAGAUGGCAAACAGGGAGGAAGACGAGGAGGAGGAGGAGGAGUUGGAGGAGAGGAGUCGACAGCCGGUGCUUCACUGUGUGAGAAAGCAGUCAGUGAAAUUCUGCAGAGUCUGGCUGAACUGAACGUGGUCAAACCCGGGCAGACCAUAAUGGACUUUGAUCGAAGGUCUCUCUUCACUGUGACAUCCCAGGGCAUAACUCCCAGCAGCCCUUGCUCUCGGUCUCUCACCCCGCUGGCGUCUCAGCACUACCUGCAGCUUCUGCAGCAGCAGCUCCAGCAGCAGCAGCAGCACACACAAGUGGCCGUUGCACAGGUGCAGCUGCUGAAGGAUCAGAUGGCGGCGGAGACUGCUGCUCGUAUGGAGGCCCAGGCCCGCGUCCACCAGCUGCUGCUGCAGAACAGGGACCUGCUGCAGCACCUUGCCCUGCUUGUUCAGCAGCUGAAAGAGCUAGAGGCCCGCCCCCAAAAAGCAACGGCACUAGAACAGUCACCACAGCAGCCCCAAGCCAACGGACACGACGUCCAGCCGUCGUCCCCCAGCUCAGUUUCUACAUCUGUAAAAUCCUUGUCCCUGAACCUGAGGAAUAACUACAGCCAGAACUUGGAUCAGUUCAUCGCCUCUACGCCAGCGUGGCCGCUCCAGUCCACCAUCCACUCCCCCACCCAGGUGGACUGUGCCGAGUCCUACCUCAACCUGCUCAACCUGGAGAACAGCAACAAACCUGCAGGUGGAAUCAACGGGGACCUGGACGCCAUCAUUAAGGCCAACGGAAACGCAGACGAUAAGGACGGAAAUGAAAUCGUCCCGUUGACAGCGAGGAACUCCGCCAACAUGGAUGAAAAGUGUACAAUCCCUAAACUCGACCCUCCUCCACCGUCUAUGAACCGAAAGAGGGCCAGCAGAACCCUGUCUCCGGGGUCAGAGGUCACAUCGGUACCCACGCCUCUAGAGGUGACCACCACCGACGGGGCCCCCAGUCGCAGCAGCAGCCUCUCCUUCCCAGACGUCACCCCCAGCUCCUUGUCAUCCGGCGACUUCCACUCCCUCAGUAACGGCGAGAGCAGUUCCUGUUCGGCCAGCGAGGACUCGGGCGUCCGCUCUGAAACAAAGUCCCUGCUCUCACCGCUGCGUGAUGACGACGACCUGUUCGGGGACCGUGGGACGUUUUUAACAGCCUCCAGCGGCUGUGACAGUCCCCAGGAGGAGAGGAACCAAGCACUUCUGUCUCCUGCUGAGUCGUACCCCGAGGCGCCCCCCGUCUCCCUGCCGCCACAUUCGGACACCUGCGGACAACUGCCGCCCUUCUCAUCUCCCAUGAAUGACACCUGCCUUCACAUCAGUUUUUCAGAGGAUGAGCUACUGGAGAGCAGCCAGGAUGACCCUAAUGUCCCGCAGAGGAGCUAGAGCUGAUGGGACUGUGUUCUUCAAUCAGCUUUUCAUGCAAUAUUUACUCCCUAGACAUUUCUAUGUUUGCACUGGGCUCCAUUUCAGGACUUUCACUUAUUUUUUCUGUCCACCUGUGACACACUACAAACAUAAAAAAAUACCAGUUAACUGAAAAAUAAUCUAUUGUAAUUAUAGCUAAUGAACAGAUUUUAGUAUUUUUGUAAUGGAAUUAAUGACCUAAUUUACUUUUUAGUGACUAGAAUGUCAAGAACACAUGUAGCAACUCUUGCACUGUUAAACUCACAUAAUUUAAAGUAGAAUUUAAAGGCAAUGAGGGAACACAUUUUUUAUUUUUGCUAGUUGUCGAAAAUGUUAUUUUGAUGAUGCUUUGCUGUGGUGCAGGUGUCAGACUAUCAGACUCUCACACAAAAUGUUGCUUCCAUGUAAUGCUGGUGAUGUUGGGAGAAGCUCCAGUUUCUGUAAAAGCACCUGACUGAAUGAUGGAUGGAAA